CUUCUCUCUCCUCCGCCCCUGCGGACAUGCCUUCAGCACACGAGCCCUGGCUCAGUUGAAGGAGAGGCAGUGCCCUGUGUGUGGGACGGAUUAUAAUGGAAGUUCUCAUGUCACUCCCAUCAACCCCACAGCUGACCAGGUGGAGCACUUACAGCAACAACUGCAAGUGAAAGGUCGUGGCAAGAGAAAGGGUGUGCCAGCAUCUGAUCACAGUCCCGGGUGUCAUGCCGAAUUUCCAUCG